AUGGAGGAGUGGGACGUGCCCCAGAUGAAGAAAGAGGUCGAGAGCCUCAAGUACCAGCUGGCCUUCAAGAGGGAGAUGUCAUCCAAGACUAUCCCUGAGCUCCUCAAGUGGAUCGAGGACGGGAUCCCCAAGGACCCCUUCCUGAACCCCGACCUGAUGAAGAACAACCCGUGGGUGGAGAAGGGCAAGUGUGCCAUCCUGUGAGGCCCCCACACCCCCGACU